GUCCCUGUCCGUGCGGUGCAGCAGGUCGGUAGGCGGGAAAUGGCGACUGGCUGAAGGAGCUGGUUGUGUUGCUGCUGCGGGCUAAGCGGGAAAGACACCACACAUUGCGCAGUCCGGACCAUCGCCGGAGCCUGAGGACACUUUCUCUGUCGUCACAGUUAGGUAAUCCCCCUCGUCCAGACGCUGCCGCUGCUCCUAACCUUAGUCGUCCUCCUCUUCCAGGGCCGUCUGCCGGGAUCUCCUCCCCUUCUCAACCGGGUCCUCCAGCGGCUCUGGCGCCGAGUUUUACAUGUGUCACUCAUAAAAGAUGAGGCUGAGAACACGGAAAACUUCUCAGCAGUCAAAUCAAGUCCAAACACAACGCACUGCCAGAGCGAAGAGGAAAUAUUCAGAGGUUGAUGAUAGUCUACCUUCAGGAGGCGAAAAACCACCCAAGAAUGAAACCGGCUUAUUGUCUUCAAUUAAAAAAUUCAUUAAAGGAAGCACACCCAAGGAAGAAAGAGAAAAUCCUUCGAAACGGAGUAGAAUUGAACGUGAUAUAGACAAUAAUUUGAUCACAUCAACACCAAGAGUAGGAGAAAAACCUAACAAACAGAUCUCUCGAGUAAGACGGAAAAGUCAAGUAAAUGGAGAAGCUGGUAGUUAUGAAAUGACGAAUCAACAUGUAAAACAAAAUGGAAAAUUAGAAGAUAAUCCUUCCUCUGGCAGUCCUCCAAGGACUACAUUGUUGGGGACUAUAUUUUCUCCUGUUUUCAACUUUUUUUCACCAGCAAAUAAAAAUGCCCCAGUAACUCCAGAUAAUGGUUAUUCAUCAGCGCACACAGAGGCCACCUAUGAAGAGGACUGGGAAGUGUUUGACCCCUAUUAUUUCAUCAAACAUGUACCACCACUGACAGAAGAACAACUAAACAGGAAACCUGCUCUUCCAUUGAAAACAAGAAGCACACCAGAAUUCUCUUUAGUUUUAGACCUGGAUGAAACACUAGUACACUGUAGUCUAAAUGAACUAGAAGAUGCAGCACUUACUUUUCCAGUCCUUUUUCAAGAUGUCAUUUAUCAGGUUUAUGUGAGAUUAAGACCAUUCUUCAGGGAAUUCCUGGAACGAAUGUCUCAGAUGUAUGAGAUCAUUCUUUUUACUGCUUCUAAGAAGGUGUAUGCAGACAAGUUACUGAACAUACUAGACCCUAAAAAGCAACUGGUCAGGCACCGGCUUUUCCGUGAACAUUGUGUUUGUGUACAAGGAAACUAUAUAAAGGACUUAAAUAUCCUUGGAAGAGAUCUUUCAAAAACUAUAAUAAUUGACAACUCACCACAAGCCUUUGCAUAUCAGCUAUCAAAUGGAAUCCCUAUAGAAAGCUGGUUUAUGGAUAAAAAUGACAAUGAACUCUUAAAAUUGAUUCCAUUUCUGGAGAAGCUUGUAGAACUGAAUGAAGAUGUUCGGCCUCACAUCAGAGACAGAUUUCGCUUGCAUGACUUGCUGCCCCCAGAUUAAGUACAAAGACUUGUUAAAUCACUGAAUGGGGAGAGAAUGCAGGACCUUUUUGGACUAAGACAAAAACAUUGCCAUUACUGUUGAAAUUUUGCAUUUUUGUACCCCGUCUUGCUUUUCUUAUCUUUGGUGCCCAAUAAUAAUCAAGGGUUACAGAAAGAGACUUUAUUUCAGAUUGAAUACAUACAGUAGGUAGGCUAAAACAGAAGAGUCUUUAGAACUAGUGCAACUCCAGUGAAAUUUUUUUAUGUACGGGACAUCUGCAGUUUAUAAAGAAUUCUGUUUCUGCCACCAGCAGUUUGACCUGUAGUCACACAGGAUUUUAUGAUAAUAACAGAGAUGAAAAUGGACUUUUAUUUUCUCUCUGUUUGGUGCUCUAAGUGGGUUUGUAGCCACUUUUCUGUUACUUUAAGAUUCUCAUUUCAACAGGAAUGGCCAGUAAAAGUUGUUUUAUUUUUCCUGUUAAGGUUUAUAACCUUUUUUACAUUUUUGACCUGUACUAGAUUAGAAUUUCAUUAUGCAUUCCUUUUAGUUGAGGCGCUUCCUAGUUUUCUGGAAAUAGUCAAUUUUUAGUUUUAUAUUAUACAUUUGAAUGGCCGUUUUCCUGCUUUGUCUGCCUGCAUAUUGUAUAUUUGUUUAAAAAUAUUCUCUACUUUUAGUCCAUGUAAGUUUCAUUUAGAAAGACAUGCAUUUAUAUUUUGUUUCUGUAAUAUUCUACUGUAGGUGAAAUCUUCAAAAAUCAAGAGACUGGGUAGAUACGAAUAUAUGAAUGACUAAUAUUCAAAAGAUUUAAACCAUUGUGAUGGCAUGUUUCCAAAUGAUAAUAUCUUGCAAUGGCACAGAUUUAAUGGAUAAAAGGUAUACCUCAGACUUCACUGUGCUCACCAAUCUUUGAGGAGAAUGGAUUUGGCCACCUGUUGGGCUUGAUUUGGUUACUGCUGCCUUUGGUUUUCUCCAGGAAUGAAGUAUUCAGCACAGUGACUCAGUAUUUUUAGUUACUUUGCAUGGGCUGGUCGUACCUCUGUUAUGCUCUCGGUUACAAUCAAUUUAAAACUCUGUAUAACAGUUUUGGUACCUUACAGUAGCUAUGCAUAAUCCUGUGGCACAGUUAACUCCCAAGCCACCAAUGCAGUUAAUACGCUCUCAUAGUGGUUUUCUAUGCUAUAUGAAAAUAGUCUUCAAGCCUUGGUUCUCUAAUGCAGCUACCACAAGAGGUUGAUAUUUUUAUAGUGGCGUGUAAUCUCCUUUUCGGGAGGCUUUUUAUGGAAGGUAGAAUUUGUAAAAGUUAGUAUGCUUUGCCUCUCGACUGCAUUAACAUGCCACAGGCUCAGACUGUUUUUGUGUAAAGGAUGUCAAAAGAACGGCACUUUUUCUAAAGAGAAGUUUGAUAUUUUGUAUGCUUGUUAAGAAAGUACAGUAUUGGAAAUUAAAGGUGGACAACUGAUAAUUGAGGAGUAUGUCACUUAAUUUUUUAUGUAUAUUACCUGUUUACUUGUACAACUUAUUGUACAAAUUACAUGCAGCUUCAUUUUCAAAUGAAUCCUUAAAAUAAGGAAAUCUUUUUAGGAAAACAUUUAAUUUUUGUAUUUUUGAUUUUAAAGGCAUGAGUUAUGUCAAUUUUCAGUGUAUUAAUGAAGAUUUUAACUUUUCAUCAGGUUGAGUGUUUUCUUACUAUAUUAUCUGUUGUGUAUGUAGUUAGCAUAUUGUGUCACUGAACUGUUUAAAAAUCUAGCAUGUAGAGCAAGCCUGUUUUGUGGAAAAUCCUUAUUCAUUAAAAAAAAUAAUCAUGGCAGAUUUUCUGCAAAAAAAAAAAACAAGCAUUUGCAAUUCAGAAUACUGGUUUUGUUUUAAUUUAAAGAAAGGUAUUUUGCUUGCAGGAAAAAAUACUACAGAUUCAUUUUAAUGAGUAUCUUUGAAAUGUAUUUAUCUUUAGGGCAUCUGGGCAUCUUUAUGCUGUUUGUCUUCUGUCUUUCUUGAAAUAAAAUGUACAUAUGUUACCUUUACAUAUGCUCUUGCUCAAAAUUGUGAACCUAGUUACAUGUAUCUUCACUCCCUUUUUCUUAAACAGCAAAACCCAAAACAUACAAGAUCUAAACUUUCAGCAUGUGUUGUAAUUGCUGAAAGUUUUUCUAAUAAGUGUAGUCUCAAAGGGCUUUCCCAUAACUUAAGGGAAAUGUAAGCACCUAUACCAUUUGUGCCUGUAGGCACUUUAAUAAUAAACACCAACUUUUAAUCGUCUUUUAAUGGUAAAGCUGUUUUCAAGUCCCAUGCUGGGAGAGUUCCUUUAAGUUGACUGAUAAAUGAAAUCAAGCAUAAUAGGAUUCUGUAACAAAAUUACCUAAGGGAAAUUUUAUAUGGCUUGAGGAAAUUUGAGACCAAUUUAAUAUAUUUUUCUUCACUAUUUUGAUUCAUUUUAAACUUGAAAUUUUUAAAAAUUUAGACAACUUACUCAGCUGCCUUCUUAGUAUGUUUUAUCUUCUCAUUACCCUUUUUCUUUACCUGUUGACAGAUGUUACCUUAAACACCUCCAUUUAAGUGGACGUAUGUAUGUAUGUAUUAUAAAUUGAGGUAUGUCCAGCCCCUUCAGUUCAUACAGCAUAUAUGAACUCUUAAAAACUUACUGUAGUAAAUGCAGGAGAGAUGGAUACCUGAUUAGACAGCAAAAGUGACCUGUAUACACAUUACAUUUCUGAAAGAUACAAUUGUGAUAUUUCCAGUAAUAAAUGUCUGACUUAAAGCAUUCUUUUAAAUAUUUGUAUUAGGAUGUUUUAAUCACUUGUCUUUUUUAGUUCCAUGUUAUAUGUAGCCCUAAUCAGAUUUAUAUCACAUUUCUCCUUGGGUCUUAAAAGAGAGUUAAUUCAAAACCAUAAAUUGUUUUAUAGUAGGUAGUUAUGUAUAUUUAUUUACCGGAUGGCUUUAUCUUGUUUCCCAAAAUUUGGAGGGGGGAGGUUUGUUGAAAGCAUUGUAAAUUCUAUAAAUGGCUAUUUUCUUGUAACUGUUAGUGAAAAUGGAUAUGUACAUUGCUCUUUUCUAUUUUUCUGGGUGUUUUUUUUUUGUU